ACGCCUCUAAAACCCCAAAACCAAGACAUUUCGAUCAAACGCUCCGCCCAUCUUCUAUACAUUUUCCCUCCCCUUCCCGCACUUCGUGUCCUCCCAAACAAAACCCAGAACCUGGUCAUAUUGCUUCAUAUCCUCCGACAUCUCCCAUUUUUUGAUCACAAACAUGACGAACAAAGGUGACAUUGAGUCUGCUUGGGGAAAGAACAACGCCGACCAACUCUACCCCAUGUUGCUUGAGAGCCCCCAGCUCCGCUGGGCUUUCAUCCGCAAAGUCUACGCUAUCUUGUGCUUUCAAAUGCUUCUCACCACUGCCGUCGCCGCCGUCGUUGUCUUCUUCCGCCCCAUACCCGACUUCAUCGCCCACACUUCCGCUGGCUUUGCCGUCUACAUCGUCAUCUGCGUUCUUCCUUUCAUACUUUUAUGCCCCUUGUAUUGUUACCACAACCGUCACCCGCUGAACAUGUUCCUUCUCAUACUGUUCACGAUCUCGAUUGCAUUAACCGUGGGACUUGCUUGUGCUUUUACCAAAGGGAAGAUCAUCUUGGAGGCUGCUAUUCUCACUUCUGUUGUGGUUGUUAGCCUAACACUCUAUACAUUCUGGGCAGUCAAGAGAGGUAGUGAUUUCAGUUUUCUAGGACCCUUUCUUUUUGCUUCUCUCCUGGUGCUUAUGGCUUUUGGCCUCAUUCAGAUAUUCUUCCCUCUGGGGAAAAUAACAGUGGCAAUCUAUAGUGGAUUGGCAGCGCUCAUAUUCUGUGGUUACAUUGUAUAUGACACGAAUAAUCUGAUCAAGCGCUUCAGCUACGAUGAUUAUGUCUGGGCUUCAGUCUCCCUUUAUCUAGAUAUUGUCAACCUCUUUCUUAGCCUCCUCACUAUACUCAACAUUGUGGACAACUAAAAAAGUCUUCAGUUUCUCCUCUCUCAGUCUCGUGUCUUUCCGUCUUCAGAUUGUCAAAAAGUCGUCACAGAAACCUUAAGCCUUUGUUCACUAGUACUUAAGAAGGGAGUACAGUAAGUAUGUAAAUCCAAUUAAAAGGGUAUUUUUUUUUUUUUAUU